GGCCUAGUGAGCAGGAACUAUCCAAGGUGCUAGAAUGCCGGGAGCUUUGCCGUUCAAUGCAGGCGGAUCGCAGAAAGAGAGAAGAGAGAUUACUGCUUAUUUCAGAAGAAUAUAAUCAAAUGAGGCACCUUAGCCAGCCUGGGUGAUUGUUUCGAGUCUUGUAAUCAUCUGGGUAGCAAAGUGGGUAAAAGCAUUCAAUUCCUUCCCAGCUGGACCUGGAAGGAGAGGGGCUGUGUGUUCCUCCCCACCCAUUAGCUAUGCCCUCUUUUCUCUGAAUGUCGAUUUAAGGAAGCAAGCACCUGUCUUCCGUCACCGUAUCUUCCUAGAAAACUUUAAAGGCCAUUUUAUCUGACAGGAAGAACAUCAAGAACGCUCUGAUCUCUAGUGAUGAAGAAUCUGGGAGUGGACACUUUUCCCAUCCAGAUACAAUGCACUUUAAUUGAAGAAAAACUGAGCUGAACUACAAGUCCAUUUGUUAUGGUGCUGGAUUACUCCUACAGAACUGCCCUGAGAUCAACCGCGAGAGAGGGCUCUGACAGACACAAGUCACCUCCUGAUUAUUGCACUUACCUCUCCCUGGGGACUUAAAUUUUGGAAGUGUUCCUUUUUACAUGAUAUCCUCCAAGAUGAUGAGUUCUAAUCCAGAGGAAGACCCUUUGGACACAUUUCUUCAGUAUAUUGAAGAUAUGGGGAUGAAGGCUUACGAUGGUUUGGUUAUUCAGAAUGCAUCAGACAUUGCUCGAGAGAACGAUCGCUUGAGAAAUGAAACAAACCUGGCCUACUUGAAGGAGAAGAAUGAAAAACGCCGAAGACAAGAAGAAGCAAUAAAACGCAUAGGUGCAGAAGUAGGGCGAGGCCACGAAGGAAGUUACGUGGGCAAACAUUUCCGCAUGGGAUUCAUGACCAUGCCCGCUCCUCAGGACAGACUUCCUCAUCCUUGUUCCAGUGGCUUUUCCGUGAGGUCACAGUCUCUGCACUCGGUUGGGGGCACAGAUGAUGACAGCAGCUGUGGCUCCCGGAGACAACCACCCCCCAAGCCCAAGCGGGACCCUAGCACCAAGCUGAGCACGUCAUCGGAGACGGUCAACAGCACGGCCACCACCAGUAAGAGCGGGAAAGCCCCCGAGCGGACCGAAGUAUCGGCCAAACCUAGACCCCACAGUGACGAAUAUUCAAAGAAGAUCCCUCCCCCGAAACCAAAACGCAACCCAAACACUCAGCUCAGCACAUCGUUUGAUGAAACGUACAUCAAAAAGCACGGGCCCAGGAGGACAUCGCUCACGCGAGACUCCUCCCUCUCCCAGGUCAGCAGCCCCGCAGGGGACACGGAGGAAGAGGAGCCCGUGUAUAUCGAGAUGGUGGGGAACAUUCUCAGAGAUUUCAGGAGAGAGGAUGACGACCAGAGCGAGGCCGUCUACGAGGAAAUGAAAUACCCCAUUUUUGACGACUUAGGCCAGGACUCCAAAUGUGACUUUGACCAUCACAGUUGUUCUUCGCAGUGUGCUACUCCCACCGUGCCUGACGUGGACUUCGCCAAGUCCUCAGUGCCAUGUACUCCAAAGGGUUUGCUCUGUGACAUCCCCCCGCCCUUCCCCAACCUGCUUUCUCAUAGACCCCCACUGCUGGUGUUCCCACCAGCCCCUGUGCAGUGCUCCCCCAAUUCUGACGAGUCUCCACUCACCCCAUUGGAGGUCACAAAGCUUCCUGUGUUGGAAAACGUGUCUUACAUGAAACAGCAGGCCGGAGCCUCUCCAUCCUCACUGCCCUCCGGCCAUCCUAAACUGGAGAAGGACCAGAGCGGAGCCCUAGGACCUGCUUCUGCUGUUUCUGUGCUCUCCUCGUCCCCUCCUCCGCCUUCCACUUUGUACCGAACGCAGUCCCCCCAUGGCUACCCGAAAAGUCACUCGGCCUCCCCAUCCCCUGUGAGCAUGGGGAGGUCCCUGACCCCCCUCAGCCUCAAAAGGCCUCCCCCCUACGACGCUGUGCAUUCAGGCAGCCUCUCGAGGAGCUCUCCAUCAGUGCCUCAUUCGACCAGCCGGCCAGUGUCACAGGAUGGGGGCAAGAUGGUCAGUGCUUCGGUGAACACCUACGGGUCGGCUCCGAGCGGCUCCCGGUCCAGAACGCCCACGAGCCCUCUGGAAGAACUCACCAGCCUCUUUACCUCUGGACGAAGCCUGCUGAGGAAGUCGUCCAGCGGCCGCCGGUCUAAAGAACCCGCAGAGAAAUCCACAGAGGAGCUGAAAGUGCGAAGUCACAGCACAGAGCCGUUACCAAAGCUGGACAGCAAAGAGAGAGGGCAUCAUGGGCCAUCUUCCAGAGAGCCUGUCAAAGCUCAGGAAUGGGAUGGAACCCCGGGCCCACCUGUGGUCACCAGUAGAAUGGGAAGAUGCUCUGUGAGCCCCACCUUGUUAGCAGGAAACCACAGCUCAGAACCGAAAGUGAGCUGCAAACUAGGCCGGUCUGCUUCCACAUCAGGUGUGCCGCCUCCGUCUGUGACUCCUCUCAGGCAAGCCAGUGACCUGCAACAGAGCCAGGUGGCAUGCAUGCCGUGGUUUCAUGGAGACCAUACAAUGCUUGAGAUGAUUGAGAAAAAGCGUUGCUUGUGCAAGGAAAUAAAGGCUCGACAGAAAACGGAAAAGGGCCUUUGCAAACAGGAUAGCAUGCCUGUCCUGCCCAGCUGGAAGAAGAACGCAGGUGCAAAGAAGUACAGCCCUCCGCCCUAUUCUAAACAGCAAACGGUAUUCUGGGAUACUGCCAUAUGACGGUGUGCAGGAAGGCACAAGCUUCACAUUACUGAGCACGAAGAGGGAGGUCGAUUCGGUCACGUGAAAGAUAACUGUUACAUAUCUUCUCUGUUGGAAUGGAGUAAUGCCUGCGCUUCCUUGGAAACCCCAUGGGAAGCUGUGCCUACUCAUGGCAAGUUCAAGAUAAAAUGUAUGUUUCUUUGCAAUUAAGGCACACUUAUUUAUCACGGAUUAUUUUGAAUCCAGAAGAGAUUAAGAUGUAAAUAUUUUACUAGUUUAUGGGUGACACCUGAAAUAAUACAUUAUACGUAUAUAAAUGACAGAAAUAUCAAGAAUUUUACUAGAUGACAUAAUUUCGGUAUUGACUGGUUUGUUAUCUCUUUUAUAUGUAACCCCUUGAUGCCUUUUAUUAUUAAUUUUUACAGUUGAUAUUGUUUUUCUGCCCACAUUUUGCUUCUGUACAGAGCUCCUAGCUAUAAAUCACGUUCAAUCACAUAAUAUACGAUCUGGUGCUAGUAAUGUAGAAGUUGAACAUCAUAUUCAUUAAGAGCAUAUGUUGCUUUAUAAGUUUUUAAGGGUUUGACAGGAUAUGAAUGCAAGUGUGUUGCUUAAUUUGGACAUCCACGUUACAUCAACACAAAAAUUUUUGCUAUAUUGGCUUCGAAAGAAUGUCUCUUUAAUAUUGUCUUGAUACCAAGCAAUGGUUAGUCACACUCCAGAGAAAAGUGAAUAGGAUAUAUUUGGACAUCCUAGCAGAAAACAUUUCCUUCAGAAAUGACUUUAGGGACAUGUGUCCAUGCAUCAUUGAUCUGAUUGGAGGAGACCAGGGUUCACUGUGACAAUGGAAGGAACAAGGAAUCAAAAGCUCAACAGCACGACUACUUUCCAGAAGGUGGGACCAGCGGCAUCAAAGCCACUGUAAUCACGAUUUAAGUAACUUUUCGUAUGUAUGUUUCCCCUAGAAAAUGAGAAAUAAACAUUUAACCAGAUGAGUUUACAUAUUUUAGUACACUAAAUGCCAAUCUUUCUCGAAAUUUAUGUCCAUUAAUGGAAUAGUAUUUCUUGUUAACUUUUUCAAACUAGUUAUGGCCACAUUUUGGAGUCAUAAUCUGUGUAUGAUCAUCACACCCAUUCUUACUGAUUAUGACACCAUGACCAAAGAAUUAUGACCCCUAAUUUAUUUAAUUUUGUUUCAAGGAAGAAACAGGAAAUGCAGGGGCUCGGGGAUGGGGUAGAUUCAAUUUUAUGUGGUGGUGAAAUUUAAGUUAAACAAAUCAUAUAUAUCUUCUAAGAGUAACUUGUAGUUGAAUAUAAAUAUUGCCACUGAUGAAUAAAAAAGGAGACUAUCACAUAUAUUUUGUAUAUUUAAAUUACUAUUUAUGCUUCCUAAAAUUGACAGUAUGUGGUUCUUCUUUAUCAAUUUAGUAUUAUAUUUCUGAGAGAAAAGGUAUGUGUUUGAAGUUAUCGUCAGUGGUUUUCUUUGUAAGGGUUUUGACAGCAAUAGUACAGUGUUGCUCAAUAAGACCAAAUAUAACAGGAGUUAGGGAAGUUUUGUAAUCUAUAUUGCUAAAAACCUAGUGAUGCUUUAUCAGUAAUAGUUCUUUUCAAGCUUUUGAAAUCUUAUAAGAUAAUUUUUAAUAUUUUAUAAUUAAUGUAUAUUUUGACGUCCAAUUAGAAUUCUGAAAGAUAAGAAAGAAAAGGUAAGUGGGAGCAUGUGUAUGUGUUGUGUGUGCAAGUGUAUGCGUGAAUGAGGACUCGGUGAGAGAACUGUAUACAGAAAUGCUUUCUACAGAUUUAGGAUUUUCUUGUAUAACCGAGGUGGUGAAAAAAUGCAGAAUCACAAGUACAGGAAAUCAUGGAGAGAUCUUAAGUAGCUUAAAGAAAUCCUGUUGCCAUGUUUCACCAGUUACGUUUCAAACCCAAGAAUCCAUGGAGCACAAAUCUAAGAGUGAAGAAAAUGUGAAGAGAAAACAAAUUACAACUAAAAUAAAAUGUGUUUAUGACCCAAGUUGUUAUACUGCUGUUAGUUAUUAUGACCACAUAUACUCACGCCAAUCAAUCAGAUGUAAGACACGAAUUUUCAGAAUCUUUAUGAUGACAUUGACAUUGCUAUAUUUCUGGCUCAGUAGGGGGAUGAUUGGAUAGUUCCCUUGAAUUUUAUAUUUAGGUAACGUGUUUUUCAGAUGCCGAUCUUUUCCAUAUCUCUUUGAAUUAGCCAGAUUAUGUUUUUUAAUGCUGACCACUUGUCAAGAAGGAAAUAGAGAUACUAAAAUGAUUUGUGUUGGAUUCAGCCAUUCCCAUGGUUUCAUGCACUCCUUUUUCAAGCAAGUUAUUUUCUAGUAAGGCAACUUGUUUGAAAAUCUGACCUCAGGCAACCAUUUUUAUUUAAUUUCUCCAAAUCUUGCUUUCGAUGGAAAAUAAUUGAAAGAUCUGGAAAAGUAGCUUCACCAAUAUGUGAUUCAAGAAUGUAUUAUGUGCCUAUACAACUGUCCAUUGCAGCUUAGCCUAUGUGGCAUUCUAUUAUAUUCUUAGCCAUUCUAUAAUUAAUUUCCUCCUUGUAUGGUGUUCUUUAUGUGGAGGAAAAGAGGUGGUUAGGAUAAAGAGAAAGAAAAAAGGUUACUCUCUGGUGGCAGUCAAUCAGGACACUUCAAUCUAUGAAUUUGGUCAGAUGACAAAAAAAAUUCCACCUACAGCCAGAACCCUAUGGAAUGACAAUGCUCAUAUUUUUUAACAGUGCCAAAGAACAAAUCUUACAUGGCAUGAUUAUGAAGUUGAAAGAGCUCAUGCCUAUGAAAAAUGUUUUUUUCACAGCACAUUUUAUAGAAACAGAAUUUUCUUGGCUGUCAGCAAGAUGCUUUUGUAUGCGAAAACUUCUUAGCAGAGAAGAGACAAAUUUCUUUAGAAUUGAUGGAAAGGAAAAAUCAAGUCCUGCAUUUCUGCCCAAUCCCAGUAGCCAGCAUAUUCUGAGAUAUUACAGUUCUUUACGUAAACACUGCCACUUGUUCCCCCAUGUUUAUGCCAUUGAAGCAAGUUUGGAGUGAAAAGUGAUUGAUUUGUGUCAAUGAAGGACACUGUCCACCCCUAUAAAAUUGUUGGGAAAGUGAAACAAGACAAAACAUUAAGAGGUUAAAAUUUGCAGUGUUAAAGAAUACACAUCUUCAAAUAUACAGCAAUUGUCUGGAUACAACUAGGUACGACUUCCUUCUCAACAUAAUGGCACUGGGACUUCAGAGAUACUGAGGUUCCAAAUAGUUUUUGGUUUUAAAUGCUUCUGGAGAGCAGAGAAACAUUUUUCUUACUACACUUGGCUUAUGCCUCAUCCUCACACGUAUGUUGGUUUGACUCUUUUGAGGGAGUUUUGUGGUCAAGUCAAAAAACUAAACAAUCCUAUUAGGAAAUGGUGUCAACUAAUUAAAUAAGAUAUCAAAGCAAUGCACAUACAAUGCAGUUUUCACAUCACUUAUAGGUUAAGGUGAGUCACUUGCCUAAAAAAGCAAAGAGCCUACAAGCUAAUUUUGGCUAUCUAUGAAACUAAGACGCCUAUGAUUUAAGCAGUAAGUAAUCUGAGAUGAGAGUUAAUUCACACUUGCAAAGGAAUGGAAGUAAAAUAGAAGAGCAAUUCAUAAUUUACUGUGUCCCAAACUUAAAUGGAAGCAAAAGAAAAUGGUAUGUAUAGUAUUUAAGAUAACUCAUGACAUCUUCCCUAAAUGAAAAAUUCGAUAGCUUACUGUGGAAUGUGGACAAUUUGUUAUUAAUCCAUUAUUUAACAGUUCACUAUUGACAACUUAUAUAUCAGUUAUUUAAACAAAAUUCUGAAGCAUUUGGCAUUAAACAUGCAAACAGAUGUGGCCCCUGCUUUAAAAAGCUUAAUUAUGCAAUCAUUAAUAUUUUCAAAACAAAGCCAAUUAUUUUUAAGAAGAUAUACAAUAUCAUGUGUUUGACAUCUCUUAUGUCUUUGGAUAUGGUAUUCUCUUUUUUUCAGAUCAAGUGUACAGUCAAAAUAAAAUACUAAAACAUAUUAAAGUUAAUGUCUAAGUAUAAAAGAUGUGUAAGCCUCUAUAUGUGCACAUAGCAUAUGUACUGCUGUCUAUGUAGAUCAGUAAAAGGAUAAUACAUUUUGCUAUGUUGGACUUGAACACUCUUGCUUGGGGUUUGGAUUAAUUUAAAACCUUUGAUAUUUGGGUCAAAUACGUUGUAGCAAAAUGUGUGUGAGCUGAAAAAAAUAAUGUCUGUACAUGUUUCCCUUUGAAUAUUAUAAGGUUUCAGAUUUAAGGGGAACUUCUUUACAGAAAUAUCGUUGGAUUUAUUGCAACCAAACAUAUAUGAAAAUCUUCUUGAAAUAUUCAAUUGUUCCCAAAUAUGACUGGGUUUGCCCACCCUAAAAGCAUCUACAUUUACACAUGUAUACACCCACAUACAGCAUACAUACUGUAUAUAAUAUAUAUGAAAAUGUUUAGUAUGCACUUCUUUUGUUUGGAACUCCUUACGCUAACAUUCGUAGUGUAGCAAUUUGUGUAAAGUGCACUGUGAUUAUAAAAACAAAGCACAGUGAAGUCACAGGUCUUGUUAUCUUGCACUAAAAAUGUGUUUACGUAUUUAGCAAUUGUAUGUUUACUUUCUUGCUCUUUUCAAGAAGUUGAAACAAAUAGCUAUUGAGAAAAUGCUAUAAAAUAAUAUGUUUUCUAGUGGAUAAUGGCACUACAUUUUUGCAAGACAGGGUUUUUAAAAGAAACCAUUUAACAUCCAUUCCAACAUAACAUGUUUACCGUAUCUAAAAAUCUGAAUGUUGUAUUGCAUUUUUCAUAACUCAUUAAAAAUGUCAGGUAUGUGCCUGAAAAAUUGUGCAAAUAAGCAUUAGCUAACAGAUUUCUCUACUCAUGUGUUGUUAGCCAUUUCUAUAUACAUAAUAAU